AUGAACGAUAUGCGAGGCAUUGGGAGCAGAACUGCCUCGAAAACGGACGGCAUGUUUUGCUAUCCUCGUCUAGUUCUUGACUUUAUCACAUCCAGCCUCUGUUACUCGCUAGAGGAAGUGAAGGAGUCUAUAGCCGAGCUCCCGCAGGGCUUAUUUGAUUUUAAUCAUAGCAUGGUUGACAAGACCUCGGAAGAUGUGCGGCAGACUAUCGACAGCCUUGCGCCUUAUCCGCGUCUUUUGCGUGGGAUAUGGGAAGCCCUUGGCAUCAAAACUGGUGAAGAGAAAGAUGUACAGUCUCGAAAGCAACGAAAAGGAUCGCUCACAACGCUACUGGAAGACUAUCAGGAGGCCAUCUACGGAGUUUCCGCCAAGGAUCUCAAGCAGUCCAAGGGGCAGUUCAGCUCAUCAGUAUUCACCUGUGGCUUCCGUUCCUGCCGUCAAGGUUUUGGCAGCUCCAGGCUCCCGGAUGCCAACACCCUGUAUCAAGUUCAAAGAGGGCACUCCGAGUUCACAUGA